AUGGGCUUCUGGAAGUUCUCUCCUUUCCUGGUUCUCAGCAUCCUGGCCCUGUACCAGGUGGGCGUCCUCCAGGCGGCACCAUUCAGGUCUGCUCUGGAGAGUCCUACAGACCCUGAUGUGCGCAACGAGGAGGAAAUGCGACUCCUGCUGGCUGCAGUGAUGAAGGAGUAUGUGCAGAUGCAGAUGAAGGCCCAGGAGCUGCCCCAGGAGCAGGAGACUGAGGGCUCCAGAGUCACCGUCCAGAAGAGAUCCUGCAGCUCUGCCACCUGUGUGGCCCACUGGCUGGGAGGCUUGCUGAGCAGAGCCGGAAGUGUGGCAAACACCAACCUGCUGCCUACCAGCAUGGGAUUCAAAGUCUACAAUCGCCAAGGCAGGGAGGUUAAGGCUUAAGCAGUGGAAGUGCUCCAGGAAGAAGGUCACCAUGAAGCGAACUCUAUUUCCUUUAAUUUAAAAUGAAUGCAACUCAUAGGAUAAGGAGCAUGGAAAACACACACAUCUGCAUGCUUAAUAUUAAAAACAUUCUUGUCUGAAAUAAAUUAAAUCUAAAUAAAAAGAAUAAAAUUAUUGCAAUUA